CCCGUUUACCGCUUGCACUGCCAAGCCACCCCCAACAACACCCUUCUCACCUUCACCGCUCCAGACGGCCUCGUCCGGGCAUGGGCCUCUGCAGGCUCAUGUGGAUUCAAAAACACCCGGAGAGGAUCACCCGAGGGUGCAUACGCUGCAUCCAUCAAGAUCUUUGGGAAGAUUUUAGCAGCGACGAAGGGCGAGGAGUUUUAUGUGCACCUGUUUCUGAAGGGCUUUGGGCUGGGGAGAAACACGCUUGUUCAGACACUAUCAAGCACGGAAGGCGAGGCAGUGAGGAGAAGAGUGUUGUUUAUAACGGACCGGACUCCAAUUAGGAUUGGAGGGACGAGGGCGAAGAAGAUGAGACGGAUUUAG